AUGGAAGAUUUUAGGAGAUGCUUGGAGAGGCAAGAGCGAGAAACAAAUGAGAGAAGGCGUAGAGCAGAUGAAAGAAAUAUGUUGCAGAGAGAAGAAGAUGAACAAGUUGUCACAGCAGUGACUAUGCUUGAUGAAGAGAACCAAGGUCGCCGCCGUGGGUUAGAAGUCGGCCGUCGCCGGAAUGUGGACAGACAUAGGCAGUCUCGGGUUGAAACUCUGUACACUAGGGACUACCUGCGCAGACCUACUCCCAGGGACCUCCAACGGCUUCUACAAAAAGCCGAAGCUCGAGGAUUUCCAGGAAUGAUUGGCAGCAUCGACUGCAUGCACUGGCAAUGGAAGAAUUGCCCAACUGCCUGGCAAGGUGAUUACGGAAAUAGAAAAGGCCAAAAAAGUAUCAUCCUUGAAGUCGUUGCUUGCUUCGACACAUGGGUUUGGCAUACCUUCUUUGGAGUAGCUGGAUCCCAAAAUGACCUCAACGUGCUGGGUCAAUCCCUGGUCUUCAACGAUGUUUUGAGAGGCCAAGGCCCCAAUAUCACCUAUCAAGUCAACAAUACAGUCUACCAGACGGGGUAUUAUCUAGCUGACGGCAUCUACCCGAGGUGGACCACAUUUGUCAAAUCCAUUCCGAAUCCCCGAUCCCAAAAGCAAAAAUUAUUUGCUACCUAUCAAGAAAAAUACAGGAAAGAUGUUGAAAGAUGUUUUGGCAUCCUUCAAGCUCGGUGA